AGGAUCAGUGCAAGACUUCUCAGUCCGCAGGAUCAGUCCAAGACCUCUCAGUCCAAGACCUCUCAGUCCAAGACCUCUGAGUCCAGCAGCCCUGCAGGUCCCAGCACGGAGUAGCACACCAGUACGCGCAGAGACACCUCCCAGGACGGAUCAGCAUCCCAUCAUGAAGUCCCCGAAGCUGAAAACUCGAGCCCGGCUGGCGGACGCGCAGGACCUGAGCGACGUGCUGUGCGAGUUCGACGCCGUGAUCGAGGACUUCACGUCCCCGCUGGAGAAGCGCCACUUCCGCUACGACGAGCACCUGAAGACCGUGAAGCGGCGCAGCAGCGCCAGCGUCAGCGACAGCGGCAUCAGCGACACGGAGAGUGGAGAUUCCCUCAACAGAAACAGCUUCAGCUUCAGUGACGAGAGGCUGAACUCCCCCACCAGACUCUCCCCCGCCACCAGCUCUCCUCCUCUGAUGUCACCCAAACCCAAACUGGGCGACACCAAAGAACUGGAGGACUUCAUUGCCGACCUCGACAGGACAUUACAGAGCAUGUGACACCGGGGCUCGUUUUGGAGAGUAGCCAUGACGGAAGGAGGGAAGUUAAGCCUGGAUCCCCCCGAAGCGGUUAAAACGCACAUGCUCCCGCACAGAAAAGCCACCAAACAGGAUGCAGCUGGAAUCGCCCAGCAACUGCCAAGUCGCUCCACGUCCAGCUCCUGAAGUCCAACCCAGAGAUGUGCUGCUGCCACUUUUUCAGAGCUGCGAGGACUGCAGGAAGGCUCAGCAUCAUCAUCUGUGCAGCCACGAGGACGUUAACUGAACGGCUGAGACGAAUGGAUUGUGCAACACAGUGACUCAGUCAUCAGUUAUGCAAAUCAUCAGAUAUAUACAUCACCCUGACCAGGCGACACUCCCGUAGCCAAACGCUGAGCUGGAAGAGUAUUUAAAAAAAAGGCUUUUUAUAACAGAAAUAUAUUUGUAAUUUUAUAGAGCUUCUUGUUGUAAAUUUAUAACUCUUUGUGUGAGAUAUAUUUUUGUAUCAUAUGUAAAUAAUGACUGUUGCAAAUUUGAUUUCCUCAGCCUAGACAGUCAGAUUAAGAUUUGACACAAGUCAACUGGAAUAAAGUUGAUCAAAUGUGAACCGAGAGUUUAAUCCACUCUGACAAAACUGGAAAGUGAUAUGUGUAUUUAAUGCAGCGAGUACCUGACAGAGAUAAUAUUAAACUAUGAGAUGUUCUUUCAUCUUGAUUUUUCAAUCUCUCUGA